AUGAUCAGAAGCGAAGACUCUUCGAUCCUCUGGAGCAGCGGAGCCAUCAAGGAGGAAAAGGACCCCUUCGACGAGCUCUUCCAAGAAUUCAACAACAUCGACGAUCCGUUCGUCUCUUCACCGCAGACCAUGCAGAAUAACUCUCCAUUCCUUGCGUAUCCGAAUCCCAGCAGCCCCGAGCUUCAGCCGUUGGAGCCAGUGAAAAUUGGUGAUCUUCGCGGACUUCCAAGGACCGGAAUGAUGAGCAACCCAGAGCACUUCACAUGGGAUGCCCCGAUGCCAGACGCAAUGCCAGACGCCCGGCUACCGUACCUAGACAACAGAGGCCAACCAGAUAGGAGACGCUGCGACACUCUCGCACAGCAGCAGCAGCAUGAGUCGUUUGACUCGAACAACAGCGAGGACGACUUCUUCAACCAGCCCACCCACGACCGCCGCUCCGUCUCGUUCGGCGGUACCUCACAGUUUGCCCGCCGCUUCAACAAGCACAACGUGUACAACCCGAAUCUUCUCGUAGUUCGCUCCCAGUCGGGCAGGUUCGUGUUU